AUGGGCUUCUUCAAGCUGCUGUGGGCGCUCGGGCAGGCAGCCACUGGGCGCGGGCAUGACCUGCAGUGGUGCGGCCCGGCCUGCGGAGAUGAAGAGGAUCAACAGGUGGUGGGGCCAGAGGGCAGGCUGCUGGUGCGCUAUCCGGCAAGGCCAUGGGAAAUGCUGAGAUACGCCAUUGUGGCCGAGCUCCUCGCAGAGGGUGACCUGACCUGGCCGGGUUUUGCCAGGAUUUGGGCUGCCCUCCCUGACGAUUGGGCCACACGUAUUUUCACUCAGGUCCCACUGGCAGCAACCGCUGAAUGCUUUCCUGGACAUCAAUUCCUGCGACUGGCGCAUGAUGCGCAUGAGAACGCAGUGCCUGGCAGCGGACCCGAAUCCAGAGGUGCGGCUGAAUCGAGGUGGCUCUGCUCUGCGCGAGGUGAGGCUGACUCGGAGCGCGAAGCCGUUGCGGCACAACUGAUGCAAGCAGACCAGGCGCUGCUGGAAGCCGCGCUUUGCGGCGGUUGGCCGGUCUUUGGACUGCUGGCGCUUCUCGGGGCAGACCGCGAGCCAGCGGAGCCAGCGGAGCCUCGUGAGCCGCAAGGCGGCCUCUUGGAGCUGCGCGCAGAGGUGCGAGACGUGCCGGAGCUGCACGAAAUCAUGCAGCAGCUGAAGGCAUGCAAAGCGCCCUAUCGUGCCUGCCUGCGCCGCACUGGCCUCCAAGAGGUGCAGAGGGCCCAGUCCAUGGCGCUCUUGGGCCUGAACGCGUGCCCACAGAAGUCCAUCAUGGCCUGGAUGGACAAGCUGGACCCUGUGCCCCCUAUCCCGCUUUGCGUCAGGACGGACUCGGACCUGGUCAGCGCCACUAUCAAGCGCCAAGGCAAGUGGCCGGAGUGUUACGAGCUCUUCGGCAUCGUCGAGGCGACGGGUGCGCCCCAGUGCCUGGUGUUGGAUGUUGGCGCCAACCUUGGGAGCUGCACCAUGGUCCUCGCGCGCAGCGGCUACCAGGCGCUGGCCUUCGAGCCGCUGCCCAGCUCCGCGGCCCUGCUGCGGGCCACCCUGCGCUUCAACGCCCGCGCCCCGAGCGAAGACUUGCGAAGAAUAUGA